AUGGGAGCGCUCCAACUCAGCGCUGAGAACCAGCGCGCGCCCAUUCAUGCCAAGAUGUGUACCUUUCGUCUGUCUGCUCUGUGAGGCAGUUAUGAUACUGGCACGACUGCCUAAGGGUUAUGGACAAAACAAAAUAGAAUCGUUUCAUUGAGGAAGAAAAUAUAUUUGGUGUCUGUUUUUUUCCUUCUAAUUACGCACGCAAACCUUCCACUAUUACUCCUCCAAGCUCAGCUGACUUUCUAUCGCUUGCUUCUCGGAUAGUCCAGAGGAAGCGACUUGUGGCCGCUGUGGUUGGCAUCGUCAUGGUGUUGGCCCUUAUCAUAGCAAUACCACUGCUUGUGCAAAGUACCAAGACUUCGGCUCACUAUGAGAUGAUGGGCACCUGUCGAAUGAUCUGUGAUCCAUACAGUUCAAAACCCGCCAGCGCCACGGCCAUGGAGCUCAUGCAGGACCUGAAUGCUAUUCCGCCGCCGCCAAUGGCGCAAGGCUCCAAAGGUGAAAUGGGGCGACCUGGGAAACCGGGACCAAGAGGUCCACCGGGAGAACCAGGACCUCCAGGCCCAAGAGGACCACCUGGAGACAGGGGAGAUUCCGGGAAAGCUGGUUACCCCGCGGUAACGUCAGGGACUGCAAAGACCAAAACGGACAUGGACGAGGUUAACACGGCACUCAGUGACUCUAAGGUUGCGUUCUAUGUCGGGUUGAAGAACCCACACGAAGGAUAUGAGGUGCUUAAAUUCGACGAUGUUGUCACAAACUUGGGAAAUCAAUACGACCCAACCAAUGGCAAGUUCACUUGCCAAGUGUCCGGAAUUUAUUUUUUCACAUACCAUGUGUUAAUGCGAGGCGGCGACGGGACAAGCAUGUGGGCAGACUUGUGCAAAAACGGACAGGUAAACAUGAUUUCAUCCAAUUAGCAUAUACGAAAAUAUUGUUUUCUCAUUCAAGAAUUUAUUUGAAAACAAUUUAUGUCUUAAAAAUACUAUAAAUGCAUGCAAAAACCCAAAGGGUAUGGAGAAAAACGUAUACUUUACGCACUAAUUUAACGCACUCACUUUAUAUAUAUUUUGGCUAGUGCACUUUUCGGCUUUAUAGUAGGACAUUAAGGCCCCUUAGCAUCUGCUUAGCCAUGGUGAACUCAGUUAAAUCGGGCAGGCUAUACAUGAGAUUACCACAGUAAAGGCCCCGUGUAGCUCAGUUGGUAGAGCAUGGCGCUUGCAACGCCAGGGUUGUGGGUACGAUUCCCACGGGUGGCCAGGAUAAAAAAAAAAAAAUCUAUGCACUCACUAACUGUAAGUCGCUCUGGAUAAGAGCGUCUGCUAAAUGACUUAAAUGUAAAGAAAGGCUUAAACUUUUAGCUGAUUAAGCCCUUGUUCCCCCUACUGUGAUGUCCAAAGUGACAUAAUAAAACCUAUUCUACGAAGUUGUAGUGGAGGAAUUUGUCUGACCAUAACUGACGAAAUGUCCAAAGUGGUGUCCCAAGUGACAUAAUAUGACCCAAUCGACAAAGUGGUAGUGGAGGGAUUUGUCUGACCAUAAGUGACGAAAUCAAUUAACCAGAAAAUAUAAAGUUAAUGAGGAAAAUACUUAUUUUGUGUAUCCAUUCCAUUACACAGGUUCGGGCAAGUGCUAUUGCACAGGAUGCAGACCAGAACUACGAUUACGCAAGUAACAGCGUGGUUCUACACCUGGACUCUGGAGACGAGAUUUAUGUCAAACUGGACGGUGGCAAAGCACACGGAGGCAACAACAACAAGUACAGCACCUUCUCUGGAUUCAUUUUGUAUCCAGAUUAAAUAGCCUGACAAGUUUUAGGCUAUCCAUGACUCUACCUCCAAUUGAGGUCCAAACAGAACUUCAUCGUUUAUUUCGCUCUCUCAUUUCCUUUGGAGAGCAGGGUGCUUGUAAUGGUCUUCUAACUACUAAUAAUAUAUAGGAUAAAUAGGCUAUAUAGCAGUUGAGGUCGUUUGAUUGAAUGUGGCAAGAUGACUUUAUGCAGCAGUUUGUUUUACUCAAUAGUAACACCUUAUGUGGAGAAGUAGCCUAUAUGUAGCUAAGAUCAAAUGCACAGAGAUAGAAUCAAACAUACAAAACCAGUCUUCGGUAUAUUCAGAGUCCAGAGUUGUGUUUUAUUUUACAGCAUUAGGCCAAUAGUGCAUUAUAUUUUGUCCUCAUGUACCAAUAAAUAUUAUUUUACAG